AUUUCCAGAAAAAUCUUUUGUCUCAAAAUCCUGCAACAGUAUCAGUUUCGUCAAAACCCUCCAAGAACCCCCCAAAGACGAUGAGUUUCACUCCAAUGCUCAGCAACAGUUUGAUUGGUUCUCGAUUAUGGAGCCCAAAUUGGAGAAAUGGGUUUGUCCUCCCUUUCAAUAUGGUCCACACAUUUGCCUCAAGUCGUAGCCGCCUGCUCAAGAACAAGAAUCACUACAAAAGAUUGGUCCUUUCUUCCUGCAGUAGAAUCUUCAGCUGUCAGUCCACUGCUUUGUCUGAUAUCAAUUCAACUUCUUACGCUGUUUCCUCAAAUGGCCACCUUAGAUAUGGACGCUUGAUGCCAUGCCCUUUGCAGAACGGCCCACCAAGGGUUGAGCAUCUUGUCGUCACAAAAGAAGGGCCUGUUCUAGCAUAUAUUUGUAAAGCUUUGGAUCUUCCUCCAUUAUAUGUGGAAGACCUUAUACAGUUUGGGGCUGUGUAUUACGCACUUGUAUGUCCUAAGCCUCCUACGACUGCCAGUCCUGAGCAAAUUAAAGUGUAUGAAGAAGUUACAGAUCCAUCAAUUUUGAGAAAGAGAACUUCAAUCAAAGGGAAAACUGUACGUGAAGCUCAGAAAACUUUCCGAAUAACUCGUGCUGAUGAAAUUGUUGAAGCUGGAACCUAUUUGCGGGUGCAUGUACACCCUAAGCGCUUUCCAAGGUGCUAUGACAUUGACUGGAAAUCUCGUAUUAUUGCUGUAACCGACGACUAUGUGGUUCUAGACAAACCUGCUGGUACAUCUGUAGGAGGAACUACAGAUAACAUUGAAGAAAGCUGUGCUACAUUUGCUACUCGAGCAUUAGGAUUUUCAGCUCCACUGCUGACUACCCAUCAGAUUGACAAUUGCACUGAAGGAUGUGUUGUGCUGGCUCGGAGCAAGGAGUACUGUUCAGUAUUUCAUGGAAAAAUCAGGGAGAAGAAGGUCAAAAAGCUUUAUCUUGCUCUUGCUGCUGCUCCGGUUCCUGUUGGAAUACUUACACACUACAUGCGUCCUAUUAAUAUGGCCCCAAGACUUGUUUCUGAAGAUUUUGUGAAAGGAUGGUUGUUAUGCCAACUUGAGGUCUUAGAAUGCAAGAAGGUACCCUGGCCUAGGAGUGAAAUCCAGAGGACAUAUAACCUUGAGGGCUGUGGAUGGGCUUUGAAAGACUUUGCAUAUGAGUGCCAAAUCAACCUUCUAACUGGUCGGACUCAUCAGAUUCGAGCACAGUUAGCUGCAUGUAGUGCGCCAGUGGUAGGUGACUCAAUGUAUAUGCCAGCUGCAAUUGCUGAAAUGGUCAGUCCUGGGAGUAAUCCAUUUGGGAAGAACAAAAAACUAUAUACAAACGAAAAUGAUAAAUCACUUGCAAUAGACGAAUGGAUAGCACAACAUGGGAAGGAACCUAGUGUUGCUGUAGGUCUUCAGGCAUGCCAGAUUUCGUGGGACGACGGCAAGCACUGUUAUGGUGCCAGAUUGCCCUGGUGGAGGUAGAUAAAGAUUGUGCUAAUGUUUAAGCCUGGCUUCAUCAGAAUAAUAUGGCAGGCCUGACAUUCUUCAGUGCAAGCUGAUACUCCUUUAUAUAUCAAUAGCAACUGCCUGUGCUGGGAUCAUAUUGUGAGCUUCAAGGAAAAGGCUCACUUACUGAUACCUUGUGUAGCUGUGGAAUAGUCUUGAACUAUGAAUAGGUGGGUAAAAUACCGGGAUGUUGAAGAGGAAUUCACGAUACAUUUGUGUCAUUUGAAGGUACUCCAUACCUUAUCCUACUCUCGGAGUUUCUGAAGCAACGGUCUGCAGAUAUGGCAGUCUUCCCUUGGCGUAGAGUUAAACCCCUUUUGAACGGUGGCUUUUACUGUAGUAGUAGAGCAUGACGUAAAUAUUUUUAGGCUCAUGCUCUUUUUUUUUUGCCAGUUUUCAUGUGUCAGGCAGUAAUUAAAAUUAUGCUCUUAUAUUCUUUUUAAAUAGAGAAGCAUUUUUGGCUGAUGUUGUAACACCAACUUUCUGGAGAUAACAGCCAAAUCAUGGAGGAUAUAGUGUCAAUGAGUUUGGUAUAAUAGUCGAUACUUCUUGCAUAUAA